AUGGUAUCUGCUAGUGGAAAGAUAACUAGUCCAGAAAGUGUUGUCAAAGAAGAAAAGAUAAAAAAUCCAAAUGGAAAGCUAGAAUUUGUUAGACCAAAACUAGAUUUGAUUCAGGAUAUUAAAGAUGGGAUAAAUUAUAUUUUAUUUAACCCUAAUGCAACAUUACUCGUUGCACCAUUAUUAUUGUUUUUUGAAUCAGCAGCAUUAAAGAUAAUUGUCAACAAUGUACCUUAUACUGAAAUUGACUAUCAGACUUAUAUGCAACAAAUUGAUAUGAUUCAAUAUCAGCAUAAUUUUAAUUACAGUGAAAUAAGAGGGGAUACUGGUCCAUUAGUAUAUCCAGCUGGACAUGUAGCUAUAUAUAAAUUAAUGUACAAGAUCACUAAUGGUACAUCCCUCAUUAACAAUGGACAAGUUUGCUUUAGAUUUUUAUAUUUAAUGACAAUGGUAGUUCAGUUUAUUUGUUAUGAUAUAUUACAGUUACCACCAUGGUGUAUUAUAUUUGCAUGUUUAUCUAAAAGAUUACAUUCAAUAUAUGUUUUGAGAUUAUUUAAUGAUUGUUUUACCACUUUUUUUAUGGUAUUAACUGUAACUCUUCUAUUGUCUGUAAAUAAAUUAAAUAGUGUAAGGAAGAAAAGUAGGCAUACUAUUAUAAUGUUGGCUAGUCUAGCUUAUUCAAUUGCUGUUAGUAUUAAAAUGAAUGCAUUAUUAUAUUUGCCUGGUGUAAUAGUUAGUAUUUUUAUUUUAACUGGUAAUAGUAUUCUCUUUACUCUACUAAAUGGUGUUAUUAUGGUUGUCUGGCAAAUACUUGUCGCAUUUCCUUUCCUAAAGACAUAUCCUUGGGAAUAUUUCUAUGGGGCCUUUGAUUUCAGAAGACAAUUUAUGUAUAAAUGGAGUGUUAAUUGGCAAUUUAUGGAUGAAGAAACAUUUAAUAAUGUUAUUUUUCAAAAAAGUUUAUUAGUGAGCCAGUUCAUGUUAGUAUUAACGGUUAUUUUGAUGGAAUAUCCAUCUUUUUUUCAGGAUGUUUUUAAGUCAAUAUUUUUAAAAAAGAGAGAGAAAAUAAUGAGAAGAGAUAAUAUUUCUGGUGUUGCAUUUUUAUUAAUAAUGUCAAAUUUUGUUGGUAUUUUAUUCUCCAGAUCCUUACAUUAUCAAUUUUUAAGUUGGUAUCAUUGGACUAUUCCUAUAUUAAUUUUCUGGUCAAGGUUAUCAAUUUAUAUUGCUCCUAUUUGGUAUUUAUUACAUGAGUAUUGUUGGAAUUCAUAUCCACCAAAUGCUAGAGCUAGUUUGAUUUUGUUUAUUUGUAAUUGCGCCAUGAUUGGUUUCAUAUUUUUAAAGAAAAAACCACAGAAUAUGCAAGCUAAAUCGGUACAAGAAAAGAAAGAAAAAUAA